AUGUCGACUAGUACGAUCCCAAUACCCCGCGACCCAACCGAUGACGAGGCUCUUGCCCUGUUCAAGACGGUAGAGGAGAAGUUUCCUUCAAGGUCGCUUGGAGGUGACAAGUGGUAUGUCCUUCUGCUUGCGUCGAUCGUUGGCGGCGGACAGCCCGGCUUCGCGCCCCUGCUCUACAAGGAGCUUAUCAAGCGACCUGAAUACCAGACACCCGAACACCGCCAGGCUUUGAUGCGAAGAAUACGCGAGACACUGUUCAAGCUCAUCGUCAUUGUGGGUGUGUGCAAGCCACUGGAAGCCAUCUUCGACAUCGAUGCAAUUACCAAGCCAGAGGACAAGGACUAUACAUUCUCAAGAGAAGGAUGGCAAUGUGAUGAGGCAAACUCAAAACGUGGUGCAGCAUGGCAAGGUCGCUUGUACCAGCACAACCAAGAAGGCAUCGAUAAUGUGUUAGCUUCACAGAAGGAUUUUGGCAUCAAGCAAAUUACCUACGGACUCUAUCUGUCCGAUCACAGCAUUCUCAAUGACGUUGAGACCGAGCUCACUGUACUCAGCGGCAUCAUGAUUCAGAAUCUGCCUAGAGAAACCGCCUGGCAUUUGCGCGGCACCAGGCGCAUUGGCGUUAGCAGAGAUGACGUUGAGACGAUCCAACAAUGCGUAAGACAGCAAUUAAUUCGUGCUUCAUAG